AUGCGUCUUCAACGCAUCGACAGCACAAUUUCUUCCGUAUCGGGAGUGUGGCAGAAGGCAAUCGAUUUUUGCGAGCUGUCUUUGUAUCUUCGAAAUCUUCGAAAUUUCCCAGAGCAGAUUUGGAAGACCACCAAGGAAUUGUUGGAAAGAAGAAAGGUUUUGAGGCUUGAUCCGAAUGCAUCGCAGAUUGAGCGGGACCUCCACGAAUGUAAUAUUCCGCUAGCAGCCUUGCUGAGCGAAGACGGGACUCGCACGUCUUCUCGUCGUGAGAUGGAAAUCAUUACGGAGAGGUUCUACUCGAACCUUUUCCUUUCAUCAACUCCUGUGUCAAGCCCGAUCAUCCCCACUGGUGAAGCUCCACCACGGAUUCUCCCUUCGGAAAAAGAAAGGAUCCCUGACCAGUGGAAGACCUCGCGAGCCGUUCUUAUCCAUAAGAAAGGGGUUCAGCUGCUUGGACCACAUCCAGACCGUGUCGAGGGUCAUAGAGGUUUGCCGGGAAUACCGCCUCCCCUUGUUUUAACUUUGGUCGACUAUGAGAAAGCCUUAGACGGAGUAGAAACGAAUACAGUACUGCUAGCGCUGGUCGUUCAAGGUGUGGACGCGUCGGACGCUAAACGUCCCCGAGGAAGAACGCAAACGAGAUGGACUGACGUGUUCGCUAUGACGGAUGGACCAGCUGAGAGUUCAGCUGGAUACGGCCCAAGGAUCUCGUCAACGUCACUCACGAAACUUGAGAACAUCAUGGAUGACAAUGGCGAGGGAACGAAACGAGCGGAAGAGAUACUGGGGCCCGCACGUCCAGUGAAGACGGGCCAUCUAAGCAUCUAA